AUUUACAAAAAUGGGAGGAUUAAUAGAAAAAGAGGAAAGGGUUUGGAGAAGAUAUGUCUCCUUCUCAUACUGAUCUGCAUUAGUAUUCACUUUGUUUCUCCAAUAACACUUUCCUCCUGGUAGCUGAAGACUUUCUGAGUAGCAUUUUCUAUAAUGUAAAUUUAAUUUUACAUUCAAUUUAAUAAUCUCUCAACUAUUCUCUGUUUUCAAACUCUUCUUAUUGAUCACUACAACUUCAAAAGGGAUCAAAUUAUUAUUUUUUAUUCCAAUGUUCUGAAAGAAAGUUUGGACGCAUCAGACCUUUUCCAUUUUUUUAGAGAUUUUGUUCCAGAAAUAACCCAUAAUGGAAUGGCAGAAAUAUUGAACAAGACAGCUAUGGUAACUGAGUUCAUUCUUGUAGGCUUCGCCCGCAUCCGAUGGCUGCAGAUUCUCCUCUUUUGGGUCAUCCUUCUCACUUACCUUUUGACCAUCAUGGGAAACCUUCUCAUCAUCUACAUCACUCUGGUUGACCAUCGCCUCCAUACCCCUAUGUACUUUUUCCUCAGGAACUUCUCUGUCUUGGAAAUAGGAUUUACUUCUUCUGCCAUCCCUAAGGCUUUGUUUAACUUGGCCUCAGGCAACAACACCAUUUCUCUUGCUGGCUGCUUUUCACAAGCCUUUUUCUAUUUUAUUUUGGGCACCGCUGAAUUCUUUAUUCUGUCCACAAUGUCCUUUGACCGGUACGUAGCCAACUGCAACCCUCUUCGCUACACAGUCAUUAUGAACAGCCAAUUGUGUACUCAGUUAGUGGUAGGAUCUUGGAUUAUCAGUUUCCUUUAUGUCAUAACGCCCCUCAUUCUAUUAUUUCGUUUGCCCUUCUGUGGUCCAAAUAUCAUCAAUCACUUCUUCUGUGACAAUAUGCCACUGAUCAAACUUGCCUGCAUCAACACCCAAUUUCUGGAAUUGAUGGAUUUUCUCAUGGCCACCUUUACUGUGCUGGGGACUUUGGCUAUCACAAUAAUUUCGUACAUUAAAAUCAUUACUGCUGUGAUGCACAUUCCUUCCAGAACUGGAAGGCAAAAGGCUUUCUCCACUUGUGCUUCUCACAUUGUGGUAGUUUUCAUCACCUACGGGAGCUGCAUUUUCAUGUAUGUCAAGCCCACACGAAGUGGUGGACUGGACCUCAGCAAGACGGUAGGUGUUCUGAACAAUGUGGUUUCUCCUUUGCUCAACCCCUUCAUUUACAGCCUGAGAAACAAGCAGGUGAAAACAGCUUUGAAGGAUGCUUGUGGAUGGAGAUGAGCAUCUUCUAGUCAG